CGCACACACCAUGCUACUAUAACGCAGUGCAACCUUCAGGAUAUCGGCGAUUAGGCUAAAAAUGGUGUUAGUUACCUGAAAAAUCAUGCGUGGAUUUAUUCGUCAUCAUCAUUUUGCGAGAUUCUGACCACCAUUACUAUUACCACUACCUGCUACUAGAAUCACUAAACGAUGGCGUGGAAGCAGUUACAGACCUACACAAUGACAGACAGCCUGGGCAGCAAGAGUGACCAUUCCGGCCACUCUGUCAUCCAGGCUGGUCUCCGCGCACGCAUGGAUGUGGUGUGUGUGGUGGAUCUCAUCUUCACUGAGCAUCUCCACCACAGGAGGCGGGCGUGGGAUGAAGUCAGGAACAGCUGUGCUGCGGUCAAUGCCAACUGCUACCAUAUUCAGUUUGAGAAGUUGGAUUUCGGGGAGACCAAUGUGCUGGACCAGUUUUACAAUGCGGAUGUGGCCAUUGUGGACAUGUCAGUCAGUCUGCAGCAGCACGCACUCUUCUACCACCUGGGAGUGCGGGAGAGUUUCGACAUGAAGCAGAACAUUCUCCUCUACAAUGAUAAUGAUUCCGAGGUCACUGUGCCGCUCAAGUUUUCAUGCAGCAACUACAUGUUCAUCUCGUACCGUGUGCUGGAGGGCGGCCAGUGUGUGCUGACCGACCCCAGCACUCGCAUCGGCGCUGAGGACACCAUGCCUUCUGAGUCCAGGGUGCUGCUCUCCACCAAGCUGCGCCGACACCUGCAGGACGUGGAGCUGCAGUCCAAAGCACACAUGAAGGAGAAGUUUCUGGCGGACCUGAGGAAGGCGCGCGAUGUGUUCUCUGGGGAGGAACUCAAGAAACAGCUGCACAAUCUCCGCCGCCGCCUGGACGACCCAAACAUCCUCUCCAUCGACGUGGUUCUCAACAUGCUCAUAUCCCUGCGAGAGAUUCAGGAUUAUGACGCGAUGGUGCAGCUGGUGGAUGACCUCAAGACCAUCCCUAACCGCAAGCUUUACACCAGCACACCCGCCAUCCGCUUCCUCUAUGGUUUCGCUCUCAACAGACGCAACAUGGAGGGGGACAGGGAGAAGGCGCUGGCAGUCAUCACUCGCGCCCUUGAGAAGAAGGAGAAUGAGGUGCCGGAUAUGGUGUGCUUGUGUGGCCGCAUUUAUAAGGACAAGUUUGUGGAGUCCCAGCACGAGGAUCAGGAGAGCCUUCGUAAUGCCAUCUAUUGGUACCGCAAGGGGUUUGAGGUGCAGCCCAAUGAGUACGCUGGCAUCAACCUCGCCACGCUGCUUGUUAUAGAUGGCAACGACUUCUCCAAAUCUGCCGAACUACAGCAUAUAGGUAUGGUCCUCAACAACCUGAUUGGCAAGAAGGGCUCCCUCUCGUCCCUGCAAGACUACUGGGAUGUGGCAACCUUCUUCGAGAUCAGCGUGUUGGCAGAGGAUUAUGGGAAGGCGGUGCAGGCAGCUGAGUGUAUGUUUAAACUCAAGCCUCCUAACUGGUACCUCAAGUCGACCAUCGGGAACAUUAUGCUAAUUAAUCGGUUCCGCAAGAGGCCUGAGGACAGCGAGGCGAGCCCGGAGGAGAAAAUAUUCAACUUCUGGAUCGAGUACUUUGUUGAGGCCACCAAGACUGAGCUGGGGGACAUGAUUCGCUUCCCUUUGCUGAUUCUGGAGCCGAGCCGCAUGUACAAGCCCAGCUACUACUUGCCGAGCUACGUGACGGUGAACCUCGGCGCGGAGGAGAAGAGUUUGCAGCUGUACAACCUUUGCAUUGACCAGAUGAAGGGCACGUGUCGCCAGGUCCACUACUGGCUCUUCACCGCAUCCAGCAUCAAGAGCAUCACGCUGUACAAGAGGGACGAGAGGGCAGUGUUCUUGUAUGUGCAGGAGAAUUCGGACGACUUCCAGAUGUUCUUCCCGUCAGAGCAGUGCCGCCUCACCUUCUUCAGGCUGGUGCAGGAGCUCACCGCCGACCAGAAGGGCACUGUCAUGGAUCUAGAGGCUGAGAUAUCUGGUCCAAUACAGUAUGAGUAUGAGAUGGAUGACUCGGCGAAGAGGAUAGUGUUGGGCAAGGGGACGUAUGGUGUGGUGUAUGCUGCCAGGGACCUCAGCACGCAGGUCAGGAUAGCCGUCAAGGAGGUGCCGGAGAAGAAUAUCGGGGAAGUACAGCCAUUACAUGAGGAGAUCCGGCUUCACUCUGAGCUGCGGCACAGAAAUAUAGUCCAGUACCUCGGGACGGCUUCGGAGGACGGCUACUUCAAGAUCUUCAUGGAGCAGGUGCCGGGGGGGUCCCUCUCGGCGCUGCUCAGGUCCAAGUGGGGUCCGCUGAAGGAGAACGAGGCAACCGUCGCUUACUACACCAAACAGAUCCUGGAGGGACUCAAGUACCUGCAUGAUCAGAAAAUUGUCCAUAGAGAUAUUAAGGGUGAUAACGUUCUAGUCAACACUUACACUGGGGUGGUGAAGAUCUCAGACUUCGGCACCUCCAAGCGUCUGGCGGGUGUGUGCCUCAGUACAGAGACUUUCACUGGCACCCUGCAGUAUAUGGCCCCAGAGGUCAUCGACAAGGGCGCCAGGGGGUACGGAGCGCCGGCUGACAUCUGGUCCCUGGGGUGCACAGUGGUGGAAAUGGCAACUGGCAACCCUCCUUUCAUCGAGCUGGGGUCCCCUGAGGCGGCUAUGUUUAAGGUGGGGCUGUACAAGAUGCACCCAGACAUCCCUGAGGAGCUGAGUGAGAAGGCGAGAAGCUUCAUUCUGCGCUGCUUUGAGCCAGACCCCAACAAGAGGGCCACCGCCGCACAUCUGCUUGAGGACCCCUUCCUGACUGACUUGGGCCGCAAGAAGAAGGGCGCAAGACUCACCAACCAGCAGGAGUUCUCGCGCAGCAUCUCAGUACCGGCGGAGCGUACAGUGCGGCCUCACGGGGAGAAGUGCCGCCUUGCCAGCUCCCCUGAUGACGUUGUAGAGCUGGGGUACUGUUAUGGUUCUCGGUGCAGUACUGCCGGAAGCCCCAGCAUCUCACCUGCCUCCCCCUGCUCCUACCUCUCAUCUCUCUCCUACACCAGCUCUGUCAUGACCGGCUCAGAUCUCGACGACUCUCUCAUGACUCGCCGAUCGUCCAAUGGUGGCUUGCUGUCUCCUGAGGUGGACUCCCCGCGCACUGAUGGGGAGCAAGACGGCUUCUACCUCCUGAAGAAGGACUCACAGCGAAGGAUGACGCUGACCAAGGUGUUGAUGCACGACCAGAACAAGAUCACACAGGUCUGGUACCACCGCCUGCAGCAGGAGCUUGGCACAGACAAGCUGCUUCUCACUCAGGAACACCUACAGAAGAUCAUGGUGGGGCUACGAGAGUUCAUCCCGGAGCACAAGAAGCUUCCCAUCGAGCAGGCCUUCGCGUCACUGCGGGAGGAGAUCAGCUAUGAGGAGGCCGUCAACCAGAUCAACCUGGCUCUCUAUAUCUUCCAGGAUGCUGUGAAUGAGGUGCUGAAGAGCAACAGCAUCAAGCCACACUGGAUGUUUGCGCUGGAUGACUUGCUGCGCAGCGCCGUGCACUGCGCCAUCACCGUGCUCUCCCCAGAGCAUGAGCUGUUGGGCCCGGCGGAGGCAGUGGGCGGUGUGCUGGAGCGGCCCCGGGAUGCGGUGGAGGAGGGCAGCACCUCAGGAGUGUCCACUAUCAACUCCACCAAGUCUGCCAAGCUGCUGCGGGACCUCCACCACUCCAAGCACUGCCACCACCUGCAGGACAACCUCCAGGCCUCCAGGGUGGAGAACCUCAGGCUGCUGGAGGAGCUGUACCUCUCAGAGAAGCGGUACGGAGAGCUGCUCAAAAUGUUCCUCUCGGAGCGACAGGAGCAAAGCCAACACCUGGCAGACCAGUUGGGUGUGCCCCUGCCGCCCCUCGGCCCAGCUGCCACUGCCACACCCGCCGGGAAGAGGCUGUGCCAGGAGGAGGGCAGCGGUGAACACUCAACUGCCAGCACUGUCGACUCCACCUGCAGUGCCACCACUGUGACGGCUGAGAGUGCCACUGCCUCGUCCCCCAUCCCCACGCUGCUGCCAGACUACCCCGUGGUGCACGUCACCUCCCGCAACAUUGACAUGGAGCUGGUGCUGUGGCUGCAGACACUCGGCAUCGACCGGGACGUCAUAGACAAGUUCCUGGCCGAGGACUACACCAAGGAUGACGUCCUCACCUGGAUGAGCCGAGAGGAUCUGCAGCGGAUGAGAAUGAGGGGUGGUGUUGAGCUCCGCAUCUGGCGCAGCAUCGUGCAACACCGCCAGGAGCUGGGACUGCCUAUCAACCCUGAAGAGUGUGGCAGCAACACCAGUGGUGGUGGUGGCGGUAACAACGGCAGUGGCAGCAGCAGCAGCGGCAGCAACAGUAGAGGUGCAGCUUCCCUCUCCUCCUCCUCCUCUUCCUCUACUAGGAAGAAGGAACUUCCACCUCGCUCCACCAAGCUGUAGACUCCCUUGGUCCACUUUGGGUCUUCUUGCCACCAUAUUCUGAACCAAAAAGUGUGAAUAUGUGAACUGUGAUAUCUCGGCCACACCCGACACGCUGAGGGCGGGGGGGUGGGGAGGCGAGGCAUGUUAGGUGCCAUGCUAAUGUCACCACCAGGCACUACUUGCUUCACUCCAGUUGCCUCAGGUCACUGGAAACACUUACGCCUUACACGAACGUUCCUCGGUCUUCCCUACUCGUGUAAGGCAGCAGGGACAAGUGGUGUGGCUGCUUGGUGGUGACUGCCCGCUGUUUGGUGUGUGGCGUGAGCAGGGCAGCGGGGCAUGGAGGGUGGUGCUAGAGUCCCAUCUCCAACGCAGUGAAGGGUUUACUCUGCAUAGGACGAUUAACUACGCCUUAUUAACUAGGACUUGCUUGCAAUUACUGGUGCUGUAGAUGCCUUAACUUCCUCCUGUUUGUAUAUGAGUUACUGCUUGUAUAUAUAUUGUGACAGGUCUGCUAAAAUGAUUUCUUAUAUAGCUGGCUUAGGAACACUGCGCCUGCUGGACUGACCGCUGGCGUAGUGUGUUUGGAUAGUCAGUUUUCCGACGUAUUAGUAGUGUUAACAGAGUACUAGACCUGGAGGGAACAAGCUAUCAGAGACGUUUGUUAGGGUUACGUUUCAUAGUGUUGAAUUUCAGAAGUUUAAUAUAUUCAUAGCUACUAAUGUUAAAGUUUUAAAAGUAUAUUAAACAACAGUGCACACACACACACAGACACACGCGCGCGCGCGUGCCCGGUAGCUCAGUGGUUAGAGCGCUGGCUUCACAAGCCAGAGGACCGGGGUUCGAUUCCCCGGCCGGGUGGAGAUAUUUGGGUGUGUC